AUGGUUCUGAAACUUUACACUUACCCUGGGAACUAUCGCGUCUUCAAGGCUCUAAUAGCCGCCGAGUUUAAUGGUAUUAAUAUCGAAUUGCCGGAGUUUGACUUUGCCAAGGACAUUAAAUCUGAAGAAUUUAAGGCCAAAAGCCCCACGGGUAAAGUGCCGCUUUUAGAAACAGAUGAAGGAUGUAUUUUUGAAAGCGGUGCCAUUGCUAAAUAUGUGGCCCGUCUUCGUGCGGAUACGGGUCUUUACGGCAAAUCUUUCUUUGAGUCGGGCCAAGUAGACGCCUGGAUCGAUUUCUCUGCGUACGAGCUUGAAAUUCCACUAGAAGUAUGGCUAUACCCGAUUCUAGGCUGGUCCAAGUUAAAUGCCGCAGCUCUUACCAAGGCCAAAUCUGACGUAAAGAAGGCUUUACAGACUCUGGAAAAUCAUUUGCACUUGCGCACCUAUCUCGUGGGUGAGCAGAUCACCCUCGCUGACAUCUUUAUUGCCUCGGCUCUGGUGUAUCCUUUUAAGUUUGUGCUUGACAAGGAUUUUCGGAAGCCAUACCCUGCAUUGAAUCGCUGGUUCUCGACUUUGGUUAAUCAGCCUGAGUUUCAGGCUGUUGUUGGAGAUGUACCGCUAAUCGACGUCGCUCUUACUACAGAGGAAGACAACUCUAACACAAAGGUCGUUAAAAAAGAAGCUUCACAGAAUGAAAAAGCUUCUCUGAAAGAAGAGGAUGUCAAGCCGAAGAAAGUAGAACACCCGCUUGCCGUGUUGAACCGUGAGAAGCCGUCGUCCAUGAUACUUGAUGCAUGGAAGGUCCAGUAUUCGAACACGAAAAAUCUAGCGGAUGCCAUGACGUGGUUUUGGGAGCACUUGGAUACUGAAGGUUAUUCAUUGUGGUUUUGCGACUACAAUUACAACAACGAGAACACCAAGAUGUUUAUGACAUGCAACGCCGUUGGUGGCUUUCUUCAGCGCUCCGAGGCUAUGCGCAAGUACGCAUUCGGUGUCAUGGACGUUUGUGGUGCUGAGGGAUCGGAAAUCAUUAUCACAGGUUGCUGGUUGUUCCGUGGUGACUCGGAAAAACACAUGAUUGAAGCGAAUCCGGACGCCGAGUACUAUACAUGGACAAAAGCAGAGCUGAACGACGAGACAAAGGCGCGCGUGGCGGCCUAUUGGUGCAAUGAGGACGAACUUGAGGGUAAGCCCAUUGCUGACUCAAAGGUAUUCAAGUAA